UUGAAAUAAACCUCAACAAUGUGGUCUGACUAUUUGUGUAACUUUUCUAAAGGAUAAGGUUACUUAAAAAUGGAUUAAGACAAAAAAAGUCGUGAGUGGUUUCAGUUCACGUAGGUGGUACUGAAAAAUCGCGCGCAAAGCAGCUGUCUGCUUCAUGUUCUGUUGCUGGCCCAUGGACGCUAGCUGUCAAACAUGGGAGAAGAAGUGAAAAAAAUAUCUUUUGGCUUUUCUAAGUCCGUGAAAAAGCCGGCAUUAAAGGGUACAGUUUCCCAGGAGGCAAAAAAAGUCGAUUACAUUGAAUGUCUCGAUGAAAAAAGUAUAAAAGUUGUCGGUGUUGAAGAAAAGAAGGAAAAUGAGCCUCUGAUAAUACCUAUGCGAGGAUCGAAGACUUGGCAUGAUAGGAUAAUUAAUAAAAUUGACGCUGACAUAUUUGAGCCAAAGCCAUCCACUCAGAAUGGAGAUAAAGCAAUCGUUGAAGUUAAGAAAGAACCAGCCGAAGAACCAAUGGAAACUGAAGGAACACUUUUUACCAAACCCCCUGAAUCUGUAACAGUAAAAGAACCAGAAGAAAAAUAUAACGAGCCUCCUAAAACAUUGGAAGAACAAGCGGCGCAAGAAAUAUUACGAGAUCUAAAUAGUGUCGAGACAAAUGGAGAUAAACCUAAUCUAUUCACUCUACCAAUAAAUGAGAGCUCUUCUUUAGUCGGUGAAAAAGAGGCAACACUGGAAGACUAUGAAAAUAUUCCAAUCGAUUUAUAUGGAAUUGCAAUGCUCAGAGGCAUGGGAUGGAAGCCGGGUAAAGGAAUUGGUAAAAAUGAGAAGUUGGUCGAGGCAUCUGUACCUGAAUUAAGGCCAAAGGGAAUGGGCCUAGGUGCAGACAAAGUAACAAUGCAGAAGGCAAAUGGUAAGCCACGGACAAAAGAGGAAGAGGAUCUGAAACUCGUUACUGGAGCGUACAUCAAAAUAAUCGCUGGGAAGCAAAAAGAUUCCUAUGGACAGAUUGAAGGACUAGAUGAUGACGCGGGCAGAUUUAUAGUGAAAAUGGCAUUAGGGGGAAAUGUUGUCUCUUUGAACGAAGCAGUUGUACAAGCAGUUACUAAAGAAGAUUAUCUCAAGAAUAGUAAAGUCCUGAACUCUGCAAAGUAUCAGGAAUAUAAGGCUAGAGCAGCAGCUGGAGAUUCUCCGGAUAGUGAGCAAGAAGAGAGAAAAACAGAGAAGAAAGAAUCUAACAGCAGUAGUAGGAAAAAAAUUAAGAAACAUAGAAGGCGUUCAAGCAGCUAUGACAAUAGUCCUGAUCAAAAUUCGAGGAAAAGAAAAAGUUCUGAGAGUAGUGAGGCUGAGAAAAAGUCAAAGAAAUCAAAAAAGUCAAAAAAACACAAAAGUCGUGACAGUUCGGCAGAACGUUCCAGUAGAAAAAAUCGCAAGAAGGACAAAGAGCGUGAAAGAAGAAAGGAUAGACGGUGUUCCGAAUCACCAGAAAGGAGAAAGCAGAAAAAACAUAAAAGAUCUAGAUCCAGAUCGCCCAGAAGAUGAUUUACGGUCACUGCUAAGUGAUGAAAUUCAAUGUCCGUCAUGCACAUGCAAUUGUAUUUAUAAAUUUUUCAUGAUAAAAUUGCGUAUUUUUUA